UCUUGCAAUCAUGGAGGUCCUUAAAGAACAGACCAAGCCUAAGGAGACGAUGAUUAAGCAGAUCUGUAACAUACUUUGUGACUGUUUGAAAGCACUAUACGGUUGCCGUCCAAGCAAUUUUUAUAAAAAUCAAAUAGCUGUGUCCCUGGUACGGUCUUAUCCUACACUGGCAGCUAACUCCUCUGACACUCCGCAGGCUUUAUGGUUCCAUCCCCAUGCCCGAGGUACAAAUCGUCACGCAGGCCGGAUCCAUUACAGGAUGGAGUACCUUGCUAGGACAUCCGUUGACCGAGCAUCAAAGCGUCAUCCUCGCAUAGUAAAAUCUCAAGAAGUAGUUCAUGAAAGCAAUCUGGAGACCGAAAUCAAUUUGGUUGAAGCCGAAGGUGAGCUACGAUUCAUUGUACCAAACCAGCAGACAAAAUCCCAUGUGAUCGAUCUAUGGAACAAAACGUUUGAGAGACGACAGAAAUACCGGUUCGAGGAAAACUUUUUUUCGUUUGCAAAAGAUUGUCUUGUUAUAACCUACGAUGGAGAUUUGAUCCGUAUUGAUUUCCAAAAACUCAAACCGACAGCGAAACCGUUUAUGGAAAACUGGAAUACGGUGGAACCAAAAGUGAUUAUGAAUAAUCUGGAUGCCGAAGAGUUCGAGCUGACAAAGAAGUUGGCGGAAAAGUAUCAGCAUUUCCAAAUCCUGGUUGUGAUCUGGGAUAAGACCAACAAUUAG